CCAGAUAUACCAGAGGUCACAGAAAGAAUGAUGAACUGUAGAACUGCUUUGUAGGGAGUUUCCUGGUAGAUAAGGGAUCAGGGUUGGUCUUGGCAGCUCUUGUUCAACCUGUCUCCAGAACUGGUCUUUUUAUUCACUUAGGGAUUGGGUGGAAAUUAAUUCCCUUCUAACACAUACCACCAGGGCCUUUACCUAAAAGCUGUUUGGCUCUAGAGUUUAGUAACAAGCCCUUAGUCCGUCUUCUGGUAAUGUGACCGUUGUGCCUGCAUUUGGCAAUUAAAAGAAGGGAAGUAGCAGUUGAUUAGUGUAGACCUGAAAAUGCAACGGGCUGUCAGGAUUUGGCUGUUCGGGUCUCUGAUUUGUGCUGCAUGGUUCGUUGAGAUUGCAACUGAGGGGCAUAAAGGUGCACAACCAGAAGUGACUACCCAAUAUGGGCGACUUCAAGGAAAACAGACCAGCGUGAAAGGAACAGACAGGCUCGUGAAUGUUUUUCUUGGAAUUCCUUUUGCAAAACCACCUCUUGGAUCCCUGAGAUUUUCCCCACCACAACAAGCAGAGCCAUGGAAAGGUCUGAGAGCUGCAACUUCCUACCCACCAAUGUGCCUACAAGACACCGAAUGGAUGAAGACGUUGAAAACAAAGUUAAAAGCUGUAUGUCCUCCCUUAACAGUUUCUGAAGAUUGUUUGUAUCUGAAUGUUUACACGCCUGCCCAUUCAAACAAGAAGGCUAAGUUACCUGUUAUGGUGUGGAUCCAUGGAGGAGCUUUGCUGCUAGGUGCGGCUUCGAUUUAUGAUGGGUCAGCACUAUCUGCCUAUGAAGAUGUGGUGGUAGUAGCUGUCCAGUAUAGGUUAGGUUUCACUGGAUUCUUUAGUACUGGUGAUGAACAUGCUCGUGGAAACUGGGGCUUAUUGGAUCAAGUGGCAGCUUUGCAGUGGGUUCAGGAAAAUAUUGAGUUUUUUGGAGGAGAUCCAGAGUCUGUUACCAUAUUUGGAGAAUCUGCAGGAGGAUUUAGUGUUGGAGCACAUAUUUUAUCACCAUUGUCAAAAGGUUUGUUCCAUAAAGCCAUAUCAGAAAGUGGAGUUGCUCAGCUUCCUGGCUUCUUUAUUUCCCAUCCUCAAGCAGUUGCUAGUGUAGUUGCUAAUAUAUCUGGCUGUGAGACAACCAGUUCUGCAAUGGUUCACUGUUUAAGGAAGAAAAUAGAUAAGGAAAUAAUGACCGUGAGUGCUGAUCUAAUUAAGCAAGUGGCAUAUAUCCCUGCAGUUAUAGAUGGUGUGUUUAUUCCAAAGAAACCCGAAGAGCUGCUGGCUGCCAAAGAAUUCAGUACUGUCCCAUAUAUAAUAGGAGUAAAUAACCAUGAAUAUGGCUGGAUUAUUCCUUCAGUCACUAUACAGGCAUUUAACUUUCCUGGCAUAGAAGAAGGGAUGGAGAAACAAGCCAUAAUCUCAUUAUUGCAGUCAACAUGGUCACUAAUGAACUUUCCAUCUGAAUCUGUGUCUGUGGUAGCAGAUGAAUAUUUAGGAGACACAGAUGACCCUGCUGAGCUGCGAGACCGAUUUCAGGAUCUGAUGGGAGAUAUCCUCUUUGUUAUUCCAGCUCUUCAAGUGUCUAAAUAUCAUAGAGACUCUGGCGCUCCUCUCUACUUUUAUGAAUUUCAGCAUCGACCCAGUACUUUUAAAGAUGCUAAGCCAGAUUUUGUAAAAGCGGAUCAUGGAGAUGAAGUUGGCUUUGUUUUUGGUGGGCCGUUCUUGAGAGGUGAUUCAGUCAUAGUUGCUAAUGCUACAGAGGAAGAGAAACACCUAAGCCGAACGAUAAUGAAAUAUUGGGCUAACUUUGCACGAAAUGGAAAUCCUAAUGGCAAGGGAUUGGUGGAAUGGCCACUCUAUGACUUGAAUGACCAAUACCUGGAAUUAAAUUUAAAGCAAAAGAAAGCAGAAAAACUGAAAGGGAACAGAGUGGAGUUCUGGACAAAGAUCUUCCCUGAAAAAGUGAAGGAAAUAACUGAAGAGAAGAAAGAGCACUCAGAGUUAUAAAUGAUAAUGUUUAAAUUUGUAGCUUUCAAUUUGUCACAACAAAAUUCUACCAGAUAAUAUUGGUUCAAUAGAAAAAGUUUAAUCAUGUUAGCACAUUUUUUUUUAGUUUGAUUGAGGGAAAUGAGAGCAAAGCUCUGGACACUACAGAGAUUUUGUUGCUAACUAAUGAAAUAUGUGACAGAGGAAAACUCCAGAUCAUUUACAUUAAAUAAUGGGAGAUAUUAACAAUUGAAACAGUGGAUUAACUCCCCAACAGAAAUAAUUGAGACACUGUCACUAGGAAUAUUGGAGGGGAAGACUAGAUAUAGUAUUUAGGGAUUUAAUGUAAAGGAUAAUCUUGUAUUAGAGGAAGUACAGGGAGAUAAAACUCUGUAUCUCAGGAAGAGACCCAUCAUCUGAGCUAUGAAUCCAACAUGGUGUGUGUAUCUUUUAAACAGUAACACAUAUUCCCCUCAAAUAGCUACAUUUUGAUACUGGACUGGAAUAAAAUGUUUGGAACAGAAAUGAUUUCAAAUAUCAGAAAAGUCUGAUGGGGAAAUAUUAAAAAUAUAGGGCCAAAGUAUAUCCUGAGAUGCAUGCUUCUGUUUUCUGUUUCCUCAACCAGACUUUGAAUGAUGCUAGAUAGGGCUUUUUAUUUUAUAUUAAUGUUUUGGAGGAUUUUUUUUUCAAAUUGUAAAUGGAAGAUCCCACAUGCAAAGGUUGUUAGCCAAUCUCAAUGUACAUACACAUAUAUGUAAUAUUGCUGAAAGCUUAACCACACUCUCUCAUAACCAAACACAGUGCAAAUAACUCACCAAGAAAAGAAACAUUAACAUCUUUUUCCAAAAUUAAAAAAAUCUCUUUUGCCAUCUGACAUUCUUCAGUAAUAUGCACAACAUUCUAUUUUGUAUCAGAUAAUUUCCCUUUGUUAUUCAUUUGUCUUUUACUCUUCCCUGGAUAAAUCAAAGCAAUGGAAAAUGAAAUCAUCUGAGCCAUUACUGAGACUUCAGAUUUUAUGUUGUUGUUGUGUGUGAUCAAAAAUAGAUAAAACUGAUAAAAAUGUAAUACAAUAACAGCAAUAAAGAUGUGAUCCUCAAACAAAAA